UCGCUGAGGUCGAUUGAUCGCGUGCGGGGGAGGCGGUUUCUUCCGGCCGAGCGGAGGGGCAGCUUCGUAGGUUGAAGGACACAGGCUGCGGAAUUCUUGCCUUUUGCAAGGCCUUUCCUAGGAGGGAGCCAGAACAGAGAACUGUAAACUUGAAGUUCAGGAGGCUGGUUUUGGUACCUGAGCGACUAGCUCAUUUUUGCCUCCUUUACUGCGUGAACUCGCCAUUCCAGAUUGAAAUCAUGGCAGGUCCAGAAGCUGAUGCCCAGUUCCAUUUCACUGGCAUUAAGAAAUAUUUCAACUCUUAUACGAUCACAGGUAGAAUGAAUUGUGUACUGGCCACAUAUGGAGGCAUUGCUUUGCUUGUUUUAUACUUCAAGUUAAGAUCUAAAAAAACUCCAGCUGUGAAAGCAACAUAAAAGGAUUCUAAACUGUACCUCGUCUGUUCAUGCUUGGAGAAGUUAAUGUCAAUUCAUCAUGUGAUACUCAAUUUGUACAAUAAAUUAUGAACCUGGAAAA